AACACACGUCGUCUUCAGGCAAAAUCCAUGUGCCCACAUGGAUGAUGAGAGAGAGAGAGAGAGAGCGUAUAGUAACUCCCUUACUGAUACUGCUACUACUAAUAGACAGACCUGAGAUAUCAAUACAAACCUCAGCGGUCAGCACCACAACAAGAAGCAGUAGUUAAGUGAAACACACUCGCAGAGACUAUCAACCAGAGCACGUUAGUCUGUGUGUUAACGGUUGAACUUUGACACAGCCAACAGAGUGAAUUGGAUAGAGAGACAGAAAUGAAAGAGAAGAGUGAAAGUGGUGGUGGGUAUGUGAGAGCGGAUCAGAUAGAUCUGAAGAGCUUGGACGAGCAGCUUCAGAGGCAUCUGGGCAGGGCAUGGACUAUGGAGAAGAACAAGAGGAAAGAGGAAGAGCAAGAAGCAGGGUCUACCAGGCAAGAGUGGGAGAUUUACCCCUCCAAGCUCAUCAUCAAGAGUGUCAUAGCCCGGGGCACUUUCGGCACCGUUCACCGUGGCAUUUAUGAUGGUCAAGACGUUGCCGUCAAACUUCUUGACUGGGGGGAGGAGGGCCACAGGUCAGAGGCUGAAAUAGCUUCCCUUAGAGCGGCUUUUACACAAGAGGUGGCUGUUUGGCACAAGCUUGACCACCCUAAUGUAACAAAGUUUCUAGGGGCAACAGUGGGUGCACCUGAGCUACACAUUCAAACAGAUAAUGGCCACAUUGGCAUGCCGAGUAAUUUUUGUUGUGUUGUUGUGGAAUAUUGCCCUGGGGGUGCACUAAAGUCAUACCUCAUAAAGAACCGAAGAAGGAAGCUAGCUUUCAAAGUGGUUGUCCAUCUUGCGCUGGAUCUUGCAAGAGGGUUGAGCUAUCUUCAUUCACAGAAGAUUGUCCACAGAGAUGUUAAAACAGAGAAUAUGCUCCUAGAUAAGACGCGUACGCUAAAAAUUGCUGACUUUGGAGUUGCUCGUAUUGAGGCUUCAAAUCCUAAUGACAUGACUGGCGAGACUGGAACCCUUGGUUACAUGGCACCAGAGGUUCUCAAUGGCAACCCAUAUAAUCGGAAGUGUGAUGUGUACAGUUUUGGUAUUUGCUUGUGGGAGAUAUACUGCUGCGACAUGCCGUACCCUGACCUUAGUUUCUCAGAAGUAACUUCAGCAGUUGUUCGCCAGAAUCUGAGGCCAGAGAUACCCCGCUGCUGCCCGAGUUCUCUUGCAAAUGUAAUGAAGCGAUGCUGGGAUGCUAACCCUGACAAGCGGCCCGAGAUGGAUGAGGUAGUGGUCAUGUUGGAGGCCAUUGACACAUCAAAGGGUGGAGGUAUGAUCCCUCUUGAUCAGCCUCAGGGUUGUUCCUGUUUCCGCAGGUACCGAGGGCCUUAAAAUAUUUAGACUCCUUCAAGCAAAGGGAUUGUGGUGAUGUGUAACACAGUUCUGGGAAUUCAAUUUGUAUCUCAUUCAAUUCAAAAGAUCUGAAACUAAAGGGAAAAUGAAACUGUGGAGGCUAUAAGCUAAAAGCUCUCCAACACGUGUCACUUAAUUGGACUGUAGAUUUUGUAAAGUUCUUUCUUUCUCA